AUGCAAACAAACACAUACACAAACUUGUUCCAAGGACUGUAUCAACUUUAUAGAAAGGAAGGAGCAAAGGGCCUGUGGUCGGGCACAAUUCCUUCUCUUCUUCUUGUCACAAAUCCAGCUAUGCAAUUCAUGGUAUAUGAAUCUUUGAAGAGAACAUUCCUAGCAGGUGCUGUCGCUAAAUCAAUGGCUACAACUAUGACAUAUCCUAUCCAGUUAGUGCAACCCAGACUUCGUGCUGGUACAGGUCUGAAGCCUCUUGUUAAGGACGUAAAGGACAAACCAUCUACUUUGUUCAGGGGUCUGGAAGCCAAGCUUCUCCAGACUGUAAUGACGGCAGCUCUCAUCAAGCUUGACACUUU